ACCUCCACUUUGAAAAAGGACCAGAGCUUGGCAAGACCUAAAAGGCGUCAUGUGACUUUCAGUUGUGGCAAGAUAGCCACGCAACGAGAGAGCGAAAGAGGGAGGGCUAAGGAAGAGCCUGCUGCUAUAAGAUGCACUCCGCGCAUCAUCAGCACCAAAACUUACAGUUUACCCAUCGACCCUCAUCUCUCACUCUCUGGCUCUCCAACGCGCACACACACAUCGUGGCUGCUUUUAUUUGAUUUUUGCCUCCUCCCCGCUUGGAGGGUGCACAGGUGCAUCCCUGGGUUACUGCUCGCUCUCGGCUGACUUGAUUAUGGUCCCAGCCCCCGCGGUGCCAAGGUGGAGCCACAGCGCGUAUCUCGGAUCGGUGCGCUUCUCCAGGGGUUGGGAUGCGCACCGGGCACCUCUCGGUUCCUGCCGAGUUUUGGGUCUGAGGAGGAGUCCAGCGCCGUCCCGGGGCGAAGGGGCAGGAGGAGCCAGUCGACCCGGAGCAGGAUGCCGGUGAUGAGAGGGCUGCUGGCCCCACAGAACACCUUCCUGGACACCAUAGCCACGCGGUUCGAUGGCACCCACAGCAACUUUGUUCUGGGAAAUGCCCAGGUGCAGUCACUCUACCCGAUUGUCUACUGCUCUGAUGGCUUCUGCGAACUCACUGGUUAUGCCCGCGCUGAGCUCAUGCAGAAGAGCUGCGCCUGUCAUUUCCUGUAUGGCCCAGAAACGAGCGACCAGUCUACGGCUCAGAUCCAAGGAGCUCUGGAUGACAGGAGGGAGUUCAAAACUGAGCUGGUGUUCUACAAGAAGGAAGGUACAAAGUUCUGGUGUCUUCUGGACAUCGUACCCAUUAAGAAUGAGAAGGGUGAGGUGGUUCUAUUCCUCGUAUCCCACAAAGAUAUAACUGACAAGAAGAUGGAGCAGGAUCCAGAGCAGGGCCCUGAAACUGAUGAAGAGACGGGUUUGCAGGUGCAUCAGGUAACUCGCCCUCCAGGCUUCAACGCCAAUCGGCGCCGCAGCAGAGCAGUGCUCUAUCAGCUGUCAGGACACCUGCAGAAACAAGACAAGAGCAAGCUCAAGAUCAACAAUAACAUGUUUGGGCAGAAACCCCCGAUCCCAGAGUACAAAGUAGCAGCCAUUCAGAAGUCUCGCUUCAUCCUGCUCCACUACGGUACCUUCAAAGCCGGCUGGGACUGGUUGAUUCUGCUGGCAACCUUUUACGUGGCCGUCACUGUUCCGUACAACGUUUGCUUCACAGUUGGUUGGGGACGGGAAGAAGGCAGCAGCACCACGUCACGAAGUCCACCCAGUGUCAGCGACAUCCUGGUGGAGAUUCUUUUUAUUUUAGACAUUGUACUGAACUUUCGUACGACAUUUGUGAGCACUUCGGGUCAAGUGGUCUAUGAUGCCCGCUCCAUCUGUGUUCACUACGUCACCACCUGGCUCUUUGUUGACCUUGUUGCUGCUCUGCCCUUUGACCUGCUUUAUGCUUUCAACAUCAGCGUGAACUUCAGGGUCCACCUGCUGAAGACUGUCCGACUGCUUCGGUUGCUGCGGCUACUGCAGAAGCUGGAGCGCUACUCACAAUAUAGCGCAGUGGUUCUGACUCUGCUCAUGUCUAUGUUUGCCCUGCUGGCCCACUGGAUGGCCUGUGUCUGGUACUACAUCGGUCGCAAGGAGAUUGAAAGCCUGGGCUCCUGGGAUAUCGGUUGGCUCUAUGAGCUGGCAAAGCGCUUGGGCACCCCAUACUUCCUGUCGACACAGGUCCCAACCACAGUGAACAGCCUCCCAGCCAACGGCACUCAGUGGAACGUGUCAGGGUCCGAGGUUACAGGGCAGGGAACCUGGAACUCAAGUCAAGAUUAUGGAAAUAUUUCGGGAACAGGGAGUUUUAAGGUGCUUGGAGGUGGCCCAUCAACCCGUAGCAGCUAUGUGACAGCCCUCUAUUUUGCUUUGAGCAGCCUGACCAGUGUGGGCUUUGGGAACGUGUCUGCCAAUACGGAUUCAGAGAAGAUCUUCUCCAUCUGCACCAUGCUUAUAGGAGCGCUGAUGCAUGCAGUGGUGUUUGGUAAUGUGACCGCCAUCAUCCAGAGGAUGUAUUCACGCCGCUCACUAUACCACACGCGUACCAAGGACCUGAAGGACUUCAUCAGGGUUCACCGGCUGCCCAAAGCCUUGGAGCAGCGCAUGCUGGAAUGUUUUCAGACCACCUGGUCGGUUAACAAUGGGAUAGAUGUCAAUGAGCUGCUAAAGGACUUCCCAGAUGAGCUGCGGGCCGACAUCGCCAUGCACCUGAAUAAGGAGCUGCUGCAGCUGCCCCUGUUCGAGUCAGCCAGCAGAGGAUGCCUGCGCUCCCUCUCCCUCAUCAUCAAGACCUCCUUCUGCGCUCCUGCAGAGUUCCUCAUCCGGCAGGGGGACGCCCUGCAGGCCAUCUACUUUGUCUGCUCAGGCUCCAUGGAGGUGCUGAAAGACAACACUGUGCUGGCUAUACUGGGAAAAGGAGAUCUGAUUGGUUCAGACUCUCUGACAAAGGAGCAGGUGAUCAAGACCAAUGCCAACGUUAAAGCUCUAACCUACUGUGACCUGCAGUACAUCAGCCUGAAGGGCCUCCGCGAGGUCCUCCGGCUCUACCCAGAGUAUGCGCAGAAGUUCAUCAGCGAGAUACAGCAUGACCUCACGUACAAUCUGCGAGAGGGCCAUGGGGCAGAUAAGGACUGGGAGAGCAACGGUGGCCUGGUGAAGAAGCUACCAUCCAUCCGUGAGGAUGAAGAGGGUGAUGAGGAGCAGGGUUCUGUAUCCCGGGCUCCUCGCUCCCCUCUACAUCUCAGCAGGGGCCUCAGCUCACCUCUGCGCUCUCCCCUCCUGGCUCCACGACCUUUCCGUGCUCCCUCGGAGUACUCGCGACCCUCCACCUUGCAGAUACCGGUGGUUAGUUUCAGCAGUGCACCACCUGAGCUCAGCCCCAGAUUCGUAGAUGGCAUCGAAACAGAGACUAAUUCCACCUCCUCACAGAAGUUUGAGUUCAGUCCCAGCAUGUCGCCUGCAGCUCCACCCUCCCCAUACGCAGGCAUCCGUGAGCACUCUGAGAUCAAGCAGAGUGUGACAAAGCUCACCGAGGAGAUGAACUCUCUCUCCAAACAAGUGUCCAGCCUCAGUCAGGAGCUGCGGGAAAUGACUCGCCUGAUUAAGCCCCUCCUUCAAGCAGCCCCACAGCCAGUGCUGACGAGCAUGGUGCCAAACCUCACCCCGCCUCACAGCAGUGCCAGCCAGCUGUUAUCCACUUCUUGGUUCAUGGCGCCACCCAUAGCAGCGCCUUAUUCACCUGAGAAAGCAAAGGCUCACUCCCUGCUGGAUAGCGGAGACCCGGAGGAUGAGGGUUUGCCACGAUGCCUUCUCCCAACUCUUCACUCACCAAAAAGGCCUGAUUCCCCUGCGUCAGCAUCAGUACAGCGCCCAGCCAGCCCCAUAGGGGGGAAUAUGGAGAAAACAACUGGCUCGAACAUCCUCUUAUCUAAGGAAGAACCUCUAAAGGGGUCCGCAGUGUCCCAAAGUCCCCAGGUGUCUCCCAGUAAUGGGAUCCUCUUACCUUCAUUGCAGGACCAGCCUCCUCUGUGCUCUCACACCUCUUCAACGUCACUGUCUUUUUCUGUCUCCCUCACCUCCUCACCAUCAUUUUCUCCUUGCCCAUCACGACCAACCAGCUGUGGCAGCAGAGGCCUGCUCCCCCCACCCCCAUCUCAGGACACACCUCUUCCCCUAUCGUCCCACCGCUCAGCACCCUCAUCCGUCACCUCUUCUCCUGGAGCUCACCGGCUGAGGCCUUCCCUUUUCAUCCCCAACACACCCACUGCAGCUCCCCCCUGUGCCUCCACCCUAUCCCUCCCCUUGUCUGUAGACUUUGGGAGUGUAACAAAACGAGACGCUCAGACUCCACUGAGGUGUAACCCACAGAGACGCCAUGAGGGGGUGAGAGCCGCUGCAAAUCCCCAGCAAGUGGAGAUGCAGGAGUGGGGAAGACAAGAAGAAGAUGGAAAAACCCCUAUAGAAGACUUCAGUUUCAUUGAUGAAGAGGAUCCUGCAUUAUAAGCUGGUCUAUGUUGCGUAACACAGCAGUGAACAAAACGAUGGCGAGAAAGUCAGCAGAAAAAGGUAGAUUAGAAACAGAUCAGCAGCAGCAAGCUGGUCCUUCUCAGACAGGCAGGAGAACACAAUACACCUGGGAGGAGUACCCACGACUGGCUGUUAGUAUACCAUAUACUGAUCAUCCUCCGAAUAUUAGCACCCGACAUCCCACAGAACUGUGGCAUGAGUUCACGCAGUCAGCUCUUGACACAAAACCAUUUCUGGGGCCUAUUUCAGCCUCUCAUCUAAAAUCGCUAUUAGCUUUUAAACCCCAAAAUAGAUGCCCCACCCCCCUCCCCCUCCGAGGCAGGGGCAAACAUAAAGAUCCCAAACCAUAGGGUCCGAGUCAGCGCACCAGGGCCUGGAAUGUAAAGUUACUCAUUCUCAUUCCAGGUUUUAUUUCCUAAAGGAAGGCAAUCAUCUGCCCCAUGGCACAUAAACACAUCAGCCCCUCACUCAUUUUCUAACAACAGGAAGGCCAGGUUCUCUCGUGGUGUAACUGACGUACUCUGUACUGUUGGGUUGUAUGCCAAAGAGGAAAGCUUAAAGAAAAGGAAGAGUUUAGUUCCUAAACCACACGCUCAUUCUGUAAGGUGCUCCUCAACAAAUUAGAAUCAAUAACUGUAUUUAUGUUGGAAUUUAAUUUAGGAAGUCAAUCUCAAAUAUCAUUUAGAUUUAUUCCAAAUAUUUUAGGUGUUUCUUUCUGUUCAUUUUGAUGAUUAUGGCUUACAGUGAAUGAAAACCUUAAACUCAGUUUUUCAGAACAUGUCAAUAUUACAUCAAAUCAAUAGAAAAUUAUUUUCUUACAAAAAUGUCAGCCUACUGACAUACACUCAACACUUUUGCAUGAAUUACUGCAUCACUGCAGCAUGUCAUGGAGGCGAUAAAGCCAUGGUUCUGCUAAGGUGUGAAGGAAGCCCAGGUUGCUUUCAUAGAGGUGGUUUCAGAUAAUAAAGGAGACCUUCCUUAAAGUUGAACAUGUACCUGAAAAUACCAUUAAAACAAGGAUCAAAAUGCAUAAGCAUUGAUGGCGUUUUAUGGGCGUUCUGUGUUUAAAACCACCCUUUGAAUAAAGUUUGUCUUAACUUUAAAAGACAACACAGAACAUAUAAUUAGCUUCAAUGAAACGUCUGUUCACAUUAGGUGAGCAGAUAGCCUGCUAGCACUCGAGUAGCUGAGUUUUCUCAGUACAAACCAAACCAAACGUCAUGAAAUAAACAUUAUUUACAUUAUUUCAGGAGCUGCACGGUGGCGCAUGUUGGUGGCACUGUUG